GUAGAUGGUUUUUAAAGUUUUCAAUUAAACGUGAUUUUCAAUUUUUUUUUUAUAGUAAUUACUUUUCACAGUUUAAAUAAUCGACACAAUUUUUUGGACCUAGCCAAACCUUGGAUUUGUUACUAACACGUAGUUUUGAUUCAUUCGCUCAUUCAUUCUAAUGAAAGAAUUUUUUAAAUACCAAAUUUGACGAAAAGUCAUCGAUUAAUUGUUCAUUAAACAAUAUAACAAUUGACAAAUUAAUUAUUCCGCAGUUAUAUUCUUCAAAUUGUCAGAGAAUCAUCAUUGGAUCGGCAAUCUUGACAGUGACAUUUAGCAAGUGGUUUUGUUUACAUAUAGUGAAUAGUAUGAGUAAAUAAAGCUAAGAAAUUGAAAUUGAUUACUAGUGAGGUACAGAGUUUUCACAAUAAAUUUCACAGAUUCAAAUAAAAUAAGAAGUCUGAAGUUUUAUAUAGCUACAAUUGUGCAGCUUUUUAAGAAAUUUUGGAAUAAUGGAGGCUAAGGCUGUGAUAGUUUCUGGAGAAGCUCCAGAGUCAGAUGAUGAAUCAAUCACUGUAAAAACUGGAAUAACUUUUCCUUCCCUGCUAGCAGGAAAUCCUUGUGGUACAAUAAUCCAAGGAGAAGCAAAAGAAUCUGACGAUGACAACAGUAGUAUAAACAGUGUUAGUUAUAUGAUGGAUCCAGCCAACUGUUCAUAUGUUGAGAUACACAAAGGUCCAAAGGUUGAAAGGAGCUGUGUCAAAUAUAACAGCUUACUGCAUAAAAAGUUACGUGAAUGUAACAAAACAUUGGACAGAGAUAUUAGAGAAUUAAUUAGUACAACUGUUACACAUGCAGUUGAGGAGUUGAAUGAAACAAAUAGACAACUCUUAAAAAGUGAAUUAGUGCUGCAGGAGACUGUUGGAAAAUUCCAAACUUCUGCAAGUCAAUUCGAAGAAAUUUUAAAUCAAUUGUUUAGUAUAGCAGAUGAAGAAUAUUUUGAUAGCAUUAUAGUAAAAAAAUAACUGGUCAGUGUUAAUUUAUUUUGAUAAGUUUGUUAAAAUUUAAAUUGUUGAUGUUAUACUAAACAAAUCAUGUUUUUACUGUUGUAAAAAUAUUUUUUUUAUUGCUAAAAAUAUACAUUAAUU